AUGAAUAACAGAGCAGCUUAUGGUAAGAUCGACAGGGAUCUCGAUGUUCUAGCUGGGGAUAUCAGUAAUUUAAGUUUCGAUGUGGGUAAUCAAAGUGCUUUUAGAGAUAGAAAACCUGAUUUGGGUCCUUCGAAAUAUAACAAGGAAAAUAGUUCUAAUAGCACUCCUUUUGCUUCGCCUGCAAAAUCUACUAUUUUUUUCAACGAGGAGGAUAACUCUAGGAUGGAAGUAGAUGAUUCAACUAGGGAGGAGAUUGAUAUAGCCAACUCACCAAAGAAAUUACCUCGUGGCUUCUACGAGAAAGCUGCUUCUAAUAAGACACAGAGAUUAGUGAGUGUAUGUCAAAUGUACUUUCUGGAUUAUUAUUGUGAUAUGUUUGAUUAUGUCAUCAGUAGAAGACAGCGUACUAAAAAGGUCCUAGAAUAUCUAACACAACAGAAGACUGUGCCUAGUGUUACAAAUGAAAGUUUGACUACAGAAUGGAAUUCAUAUUUACAUAAAGAGAAUGAGAUCUUAAGAAAAAGAAGAUUGAAACCCAAGAACAAAGAUUUUGAGAUAGUUACUCAAGUGGGCCAGGGUGGAUAUGGUCAAGUUUAUUUGGCAAGGAAAAGAGAUACAAAAGAGGUUUGUGCCUUAAAAGUUCUGAAUAAAAAAUUGUUAUUUAAAUUAAAUGAAACUAACCACGUUUUAACAGAAAGGGAUAUAUUGACCACCACCAGAUCCGAGUGGUUGGUUAAAUUAUUAUAUGCUUUUCAGGAUAGUGAGAGUUUAUACCUUGCCAUGGAAUUUGUACCAGGUGGUGAUUUCCGUACCUUACUAAUCAAUACUAGAUACUUGAAGAGUGCUCAUGCUAGAUUCUAUAUUAGUGAAAUGUUCUGUGCAGUUAACGCCUUACAUGAAUUAGGUUACACUCAUAGAGAUUUGAAACCUGAAAAUUUCUUAAUUGAUGCUAAAGGUCACAUAAAAUUAACUGAUUUUGGUUUAGCUGCAGGUACAGUAUCUAACGAAAGAAUAGAGAGUAUGAAGAUUAGAUUAGAAGAAGUCAAGAAUUUAGAAUUCCCUGCAUUUACCGAAAAAUCAAUAGAGGACAGAAGAUAUAUGUAUACACAUCUAAGAGAAACUGAAGUAAAUUAUGCAAAUUCAAUGGUAGGUUCUCCGGAUUAUAUGGCAUUAGAAGUUUUAGAAGGUAAGAAAUAUGAUUUCACAGUAGAUUAUUGGUCAUUGGGUUGUAUGCUAUUUGAAAGUUUAGUUGGAUACACACCAUUUAGUGGUUCAUCUACAAAUGAAACAUACGAAAAUCUAAGACAUUGGAAACAAACCUUAAGAAGACCACGUUUGGAGAAUGGUAGACCAGCAUUUUCUGAUAGAACAUGGGAUUUAAUAACCAGAUUGAUUGCUGAUCCAAUAAAUAGAAUAAAAUCUUUUGAACAUGUGAAGAGAAUGGCAUAUUUUAAUGAAAUUCAAUUCAAUGGACUAAGAGAUCUUCCACCUCCAUUUACACCUCAGUUAGAUAGUGAAACCGACGCUGGUUAUUUUGAUGAUUUCACUAAUGAAGCCGAUAUGGCAAAAUAUGCUGACGUCUUCAAAAGACAAAAUAAAUUAUCUGCACUUGUGGACGAUUCUGCCGUCGACUCAAAAUUAGUCGGUUUUACAUUUAGACAUAGAAAGGGGAAGCAAGGCUCAAGUGGGGUUCUAUAUCAAGGAUCUGAAAAUUCAGACCCAUUUGCGACAUUCUAUUAA